AUGAUGAUGCAGAUUCCGGAGGAGGAGGACGAUUAUGACGAGCCUCGGUUUUCGACUGGAUCCAUGUCGUGUUUGUUUCCCAUCCUCCCGAACAGCGAUAGCCCGAGAACGAGCCUUUCCUACGACAAGCUUCAUCAGCAGCCUCUGAGGCUCGGUGUGCUCAAAUUGGACGGCUCGUCUUUCGAAAUUGAGGUAGCAAAAUCAGGAACAGUUGAGGAGUUGAAGAAGGCAGUGGAGGCAGCUUUCCGGCAUUUGCCAAAGGAGGGGCCUGGUAAAGUUUCAUGGGAACAUGUUUGGGGCCAGUUUUGUCUUUGUCAUGAAGGCCAGAAAUUAGUGGCUGACAGUGACCAUAUCAGCUUGUUUGGCAUCAAAGAUGGCGACCAGCUGCAUUUUGUGCAUCAUCCUUCCACUGCCUACAAUUUGGUGAAGAUCCAAUCAGAGAGAGAGGACCCUGAUUCAGAUGACGAACCCGCGUUUUCAGGUGGCCCGAAGCAAAAAGGCGAGAACAAUGUAAGUCACCGGAUUGAAAUUGUGGAUGACAAUCAAGAUGAUAAGUCGGGUUCAGAUGAUGAUGAUGCCGUUUCACGUUGCAAGUACAGGCUACGCAACUUGCUGAGAUGUUGGUUCCCGUACGAUAAGUUACCAAACUCUCGUGCAAAAACCGAGGAUGGGAAGAGCAGCCCAUCGAGAGGCGAAACUUCCAAAGGGAAGUAA